AUGGGCAACUGUGUCAAGUCUCCACUGAGAAAUCUCUCAAGGAAGAUGCGCCAGGAGGAGAAGAGCAGCUACACGGUGGUACAGACGAGCGAGGAGGGGGUGGCGGCCAGCGGCGAGCUCCCAGGACCGCUCCUGAUGCUGGCCCAGAACUGCGCCGUCAUGCACAACCUGCUGGGCCCCGCCUGCAUUUUCCUACGCAAGGGCUUCGCCGAGAACAGGCAGCCUGACAGAUCGCUGCGGCCAGAGGAGAUUGAAGAGCUCCGGGAGGCCUUCAGGGAAUUUGACAAGGACAAGGAUGGCUACAUCAACUGCCGGGACCUGGGCAACUGCAUGCGUACCAUGGGCUACAUGCCCACCGAGAUGGAACUUAUUGAGCUGUCCCAGCAGAUCAACAUGAACCUGGGUGGCCACGUGGAUUUCGAUGACUUCGUAGAGCUAAUGGGACCUAAACUCCUGGCGGAAACAGCAGAUAUGAUCGGAGUGAAGGAACUUCGAGACGCUUUCCGAGAGUUCGACACCAAUGGUGACGGGGAGAUAAGCACGAGUGAGUUACGAGAGGCCAUGAGGAAGCUCCUGGGCCAUCAGGUGGGACACCGAGACAUAGAGGAAAUUAUCCGAGAUGUGGACCUCAAUGGGGAUGGACGAGUAGACUUUGAAGAGUUUGUCCGGAUGAUGUCCCGCUGAGGCCGCGAGGGCCCCUCCAGGACUGCCAAGCUCCCCCCCUGGGCGGGAGAAGAGGAGCCACGCGCGCCUCACCCCGCCGUAGCCGCCGCCGAGAGCCCAGGACAGACUGGCGGAAGGGGCCUGCCUGCACCCCAGGGAGGUGCCCACCCUGGACCCCCUCCCCUCCGCACUGUGAAAGACUCACAACUCCUGCAACUGGAAAGGGGGGCGCCCGCCCAUGAGGAGGCCACAGUGCCAAGCCAGCAGAGGUCACGCCGGGCGCCAAGUGCCAUGGACCCAGCCGCUGCCGGUGGGGGGGGGCCAGGGAGCCUGCCAGCAGCCCCCCCCGCACAGCAUGUCCACCCCGGGGCAAAGCCUCUUGCCGCCUUCCUUCGCUCUGUGCCCGUCCCAGCUCGCCACAGCCCUGUUCUCUCAGAACCAAUAAAAAUAUUUCCAAGACAA